AUGGUGAAGAGCAUUCGGGUGGUCUUAUCGCCGCUCCUGAUUAUUAGUUACGUGUGCGGUCUAAGGAUCGUAGAGUUUCCGAUGGGGUAUCCGAGACCGUGGUUAAGUUAUCUCUAUCACUUAUUGCUGUGGCCUACUUAUUGUUUUCUCAUGACGGAUAUUUGGAUAUUUUAUAUACCUCAUCAUUGGCUGUUUUACAACGCAUUUGUUGCACUGAAUAUAUUAAUGGCUCUACUGACAUUAUUCAUCAGACUCUAUUACGAUAAGAAAUUUAGGAACUGUCUGAGGAAACUCGCUAUCGUGGACGAAACAUUAGAGGAACUUGGGAUAACGACGAAUUAUCAGAAGCUAAACGUAAAAAUGGCGAAAUACAUAGGAUUAAAAUUCGAUCAAGUCAACGAGCAGCUUCAAAGACUGGCGGACGGCGAAUUCACGGAUCGUGAGCGCAGAAUAAAACGGAUUUGGGAGAAUACCGUGAUGCGUUCACAUCAACGAAAAUUCUCGAACGCAUCGAGCAGCGAAUUUAUGGCGUGGAUUGUAACACAUCUUCAUCUGGAAUUAUGUAAAAUAUCCCACGAGAUAAACUCCAUAUUCGAAAUAGAGAUAAUUCUCAAGAUGGCGUGUUACUUCUUCUUUAUAGCAGUGAAUAUAAGGGAACUUUUCUAUAUGUUUUACAAAAAUUAUGCGAUAGACAGAGAAUGGUUUUCUAUCGGCACUGUCACAUUAUGGCUUCUUGUGUACACCUACCGACUCCUGAUAAUCAACUACUCGUGUGACAUAGUCAGCAACAAGGCAAAUGCUACAAAGGAUUUUAUAAGUAAAGUAAUGUAUUCCACUCACAACGCGGAGAUUCGCGAGCUUAUCGUGCAACUUUUGUUGCAAAUUAUACGAGCGCCGUUAAAAUUCUGUGGAGUUGGCUGCUUCCAGCUUGGCUUCAAGUUCUUUCACAAGAGCUUCCGUCGUGGGCCAAUUGUGCCAAAGAUCGAUAACAAAGCCCCGUAUUUCGAUGCGUCUGUCUACUUAAGACCGCUUGAAUUGGAGCAAUAUAUGAUACGAGUCAGAAAAAUAGACAAGGAAAACUUGAAACUAUUGAGGAAAAUGAACGAAAUUCAUCGAAUGGGGGGAAAAGUGGAUUGUUGGGUGCCAGAUAUCGAGUAUAAAUCAAAGUUUGUGUAUCAAGAUCGAGUAAACAAAGAAAUUAUGGCAGAAAAUCGGAAAAUGCUGAAGAAAAUUCGUGAAGCCACUACUGAAUAUCCCAAAUACAAGUCACUAGAGAACUGGAAAAAUCUGCGACGAUUGACAGAACACGGCUCGAGGUUUUUCUCGCCGAUUAAAAAACAGCCCAUUGAGUUGGACGUCGGAAAGCAAUUAGCUUCUCAAAAUCGAACGAGAUGCUUCUUCGACGUUGGGCUCAAAGAAGAGGAUCACAAUUUCGGACGAAUAGUGUUCGAGCUCUACAACGAUAUCGUACCGCGCACAUGCGACAAUUUUGCAGCUUUCUGCCGUGGCGACAACGAAUUGUCAUAUAAGCGCACCCCGUUCCAUCGUAUCGUCGUCGGAUAUUGGUGCCAAGGAGGAGACGUCACCAAGUUCAACGGCACCGGAGGCACCUCGAUAUACGGCGAUUCGUUUGACAACGAGAACUUCGAGCUGCGGCAUGAAGGACCCGGUUUCCUGUCGAUGUGUGUCGCCGACGGCGGCAGAAAUGAUUCCAAAUUCAAUCUCACGUUCAAGCGCCUGGAAACCGUGGACAGGCAUAAUGUCGUUUUCGGCCGAGUGAUUGACGGAAUAGCGAACGUUUCUAAGAUCGAGGAAUUCGGUACGAAAACCGGAAAGCCAAUAAAAUCGGUGAUCGUAUUAAAUUGCGGAGUUCUGCCGGCGAGGCGUACGCACGAAAAGCCAUCCAAACCUCAAAUAUGA